UUUGUGAUUUUCAAUGAGUUGCUUCAAAGGCAAGAAUGACAACCUUAGAUGACAUUUUAGAGCAUAUUGGAGAGUUUGAUUUGUACCAGAAAAGGGCAUUUUUUGUCCUAUGCUUGCUUUCUGCUGCCUUCACACCUAUCUAUGUAGGUAUUGUCUUCCUAGGUUUUAUACCAGAACACCAUUGCCGGAGCCCAGGAGUUGCCAAAUUAAGUAGCAGAUGUGGUUGGAGUCUUGAAGAGGAAUGGAAUUAUACACUUCCAAAGGAAGAGAUCCAUGGGGACAGUUUCACGAGUCAGUGCAAGAGGUAUGAUGUGGACUGGAACAUAACUGAUCUGAACUGCACAAAUCCACUAGAAGCAUUCACCACUUACAGGAACAAAAGCAAUAUUCCUCUUACUACUUGCCAAGAUGGCUGGCUUUAUGACUUCUCAGGAUCAUCUAUUGUAAGUGAGUUUAACCUGGUGUGUGAGGAUGCCUGGAAGCUGGAUCUAUUUCAGUCAUGUGUGAAUGUGGGAUUUUUCAUUGGCUCCAUAAGCAUUGGAUACAUGGCAGACAGGUUUGGCCGUAAACUGUGCCUGUUAAUUACCAUACUUGUCAAUUCUGUGUCUGGUGUUCUCAUGGCAUUUGCACCAAAUUACACAUGGAUGGUGAUCUUCCGCUUGAUACAAGGACUGGUCAGCAAAGGGGGCUGGUUAACAGGCUAUAUCCUGAUUACAGAAUUUGUUGGUUUGAGCUAUAGAAGAACAGUAGGCAUUGUUUACCAAGUGGCCUUUACAGUUGGACUCCUUGUACUUGCUGCCAUUGCUUAUGUAGUUCCUCACUGGAGAUGGCUACAACUUGCAGUUACGCUACCAAACUUCUUCUUCUUGCUGUAUUACUGGUGUCUGCCAGAGUCCCCAAGGUGGCUGAUAGCCCAGAAAGAAAGCAACAAAGCUCUGAAAAUAAUUAAACGUAUUGCCAAGGGAAACAAAAAAACCCUGCCUCUAUCUAUGGAGAAUCUUCAGCCUGAGGAAGAAAUGACUGAAAAACUAGGCCCUUCAUUUCUGGAUCUAGUGAGAACACCACAGAUAAGGAAACAUACACUCAUUUUAAUGUACACGUGGUUCACAAGCUCUGUACUGUAUCAGGGCCUCAUCAUGCACAUGGGAAUUGCUGGUGGCAACAUUUAUCUGGACUUUUUCUACUCUGCUCUCGUUGAAUUUCCAGCUGCCAUCAUACUCAUACUCACAAUUGAGCGCAUAGGUCGUCGCUAUCCCUGGGCUGUAGCGAAUCUGACAGCAGGAACUGCUUGCCUUAUUACAGCCCUAGUUCCUGAGGAUCUCUAUUGGCUUAAAAUUACUGCAGCUUGCUUAGGUAGGAUGGGCAUUACAAUGUGCUAUGAAAUGGUUUGCUUGGUCAAUGCAGAACUAUACCCAACUUUUCUCAGGAAUCUUGGAGUUCUUGUCUGCUCCUCAAUGUGUGAUAUUGGUGGAAUUAUAACCCCAUUCCUUGUCUAUAGACUGGCAGAUAUCUGGCAUGAAUUGCCACUUGUUGUCUUUGCUGUAGUUGGCCUUAUUGAUGGAGGCUUAGUGCUGCUCUUACCUGAAACAAAAGGAAAAACGUUACCAGAAACCAUUGAAGAAGCUGAAAAUAUGCACAGGCAAGAAAAACAUAAAGAAAAAAUUAUUUAUCUCCAUGUUCGAAGCUCAGAUCCGGCCCCUGACUAAGAAUAGUCGAUUUCACCUGAAUCUUGUCUUGAUGAUACACGAAGAAAAAAAUGGGGAAAGUGUGGAUAUAUGUAGACUUUCGUAAUUCUUUAAACUUUCUGUUCCCUUUUGGUUCUUGGUUUGGUUUGUUCCCUUGUGGUUCUUUAUUCAUUACUACAAUGAUUGUUCAGAGAAUGCACUGAUGAAGAGAACUAUACAGAAUGCCUCCUGAAGUUAUCCCAGAGCUGCUUGGCAAACAUCUGAGUGCUUUAAUCAAAUAUUGCAGUGGUUGUAGAGGGCCUAAGUUCACCAUACACACUCCUCAGGUCAGUUCUGGGUCUGUCAUGUGGUUAAUCAUAUGUGCACUUGUGAAUCCCCUGCUUCAUGGGUCCACUUUUGGAUCAGGACCAUAGUGUGCAGGAGCAAGGGGCUUUAGCCUCCCAAUGCUACUGUUUUUACAACUUGGAACAGCCUGGAGGGGAUGCUAUUUUUCUAUUAGGGAAACUUUUGUGUGCUGCUCAGAACAUGUGGAGUUCCCAAUGGGACAAACAGUGCCCUCUGAGGCCAUUCAGGCCAGGAUUAUGGCAGUGGGGGGAGGCUGAAACCCCCUCCUCCCAAGCACCAUGACCCAGUUGGAAUCAGGCCCCACAUGCCUGGGAACUGACUUCACAGUGCGGAACUCACAAGCACGUCUGAUUGUGCAGACCCAGGAGGGGGAAAUGUAAUGCUCAGAGUUUUAGGUAACUUAAAGUGCAUUGUUCAGUCAAAAGAAAACAUUUUGGAUUUCUCUGUAAGAAAGUUAGCAUGUAUCUUAACUUUGCCAUUGAAACUGAUGGGACUAAAAUUGCCCUAACUUUCCCUGGAUCAUGCCUCAAAUGUCCAGAGGGUUGGCCAGCUAACUUUUUAAAAGCUAGAAAAUUCUUCUCAUCAUCCUCAGCUACCUUGUUGUUUAUCUAGGUAUUGUAAUGGUAUAAAAUUCAUCAGAUUAAUGGGGAAGGGCCAUAGCGUAGUGGUCGAGCAUCUGAGUGGCACGCAGAAGGUCACAGGCCCAAUCCCUGGCAUCUCCAGUUGAAAGGAUCAGGUAGAAAGUGAUGUGAAACCCUGGAGAGCCACCACCAGUCUGACAGAGACUGAUCUUGAUGUUUUGAAUUGAUUCAGUAUAACACAGCUACAUGUCUUUAUGGGUGUUCAAGUACGAGCAUAGCUAAGCAAAUUCUCUGACCUUAUUUUGUUAACCUGUAAACCAGUGGUCUGAUUAUAAGAAACAUGAACUGUGAGUUGGGUUCCCCUAACCCAACUUGCACUUCAUGCGUGACCCAGUACUCAUCUUAAAAACUGGAGGAUGUUGUUCAGCUCCAAAGCAUGGCAUAGCAGCAGGAGGGGCUUCAGCAUUCCCUGCCUGCCAUCCCGUGUGUUUCACCAGAAAAAACUGACCCCAGGGUGGAGGCAGUUUGUCCCGUUAUCAGUUCCACAUGGCCCCAGAGCAGAUACGUGAAACCAGCAGUGGACAAACAGACCAUCCUCCAUGGCCAUUUUUUCUGGCAAAGAUAUACAGAGGGGAACGGAAGGAAUUCAGAAGCCUUUCCUGCCACAGUACUGCAUUCUGGAGCCCGUUGGGCCCCCUCCACUGUUUUAAAGCUGAGCACUGAGUCACACGUGAAUUGCAAGCUGCGUUGAGCGACCACAACUCACAUUUCACAUCUCAUUUAAUCGGACACUUAAAUGGUCACACUGAAGUGUAAUUCUGAUAAAACCAGUGCCACGUCUGCAUAAAUACAAGUCUUGAAUGUAGAGAAGAAUAAAAAUGGUAACUAGC